AUAUAUUCGUUUUGUACGAACCUCUACACGGUAAAAAAAAAAAAUCAAUGUUAUAUGUUGUACUGCAUAUUUGCUCGAACAACAUCCGGAGGUUGCGUUUCAGGUAAGCAGGUACAGGUGGAGUUAAAGUUGUCCAUGGGUGGAGUUUAACUUGGCGCAGCAACAAUUCACAGAGCGAACUUUGAAACUUGGUGCGAACUUACGGCAUGGCUACUGAUUUUACUCAAGAUUCGCUUUUGGGCUUUCUCCAAAGUAACGGCGGAAAGGUUAAAAACUUGGAGCUGUUGUCUCAUUACCAGACAUUCCUGCGGGACCACGAAAACAAAGGGCAGAACAGGGAGAUGUUCAAAAAGUUUGUCAACUCCGUAGCUGUUGUAAAGCAAGAGGAGGGAGUGUCAUAUAUUGUUCUGCGGAAGACAUAUUUGCGGCUCGCUGGAGACUUCAACGCACCAAAGACUGGUCGAAAGCCUGAGCAAACGGUGAGGGGGAAAGAACGAUCACCGCGGGCUGAGGGAAACCAGGACGCGUUUCUUGGUUUGACCGAGAGCCAUGUCCAGACAAAGUCGCAGAGGGAAUUGCAUGUUCCGCAUAGCAGUACCAACCAAAUCAACACAGCUCAAUGUUUGCCGGUGGCAGGAAUUCUGAACAACAACAAUGUGGAUACAGUUAACUUUGAAAAGCCAAUUCAAAACUCGUCUCCGUAUGCGUGCGGCCGCGCACUACCACAGAUAUCCAACACAGAGGAGCUAUUCCCAUGCAAUACAGAACCUAAAGUAUCAAAACAGGGCGAGAAGAACUUUAAAGCAGAGCCCGUUAAAAGAGCCUCGAAGCUACCAGAACUGUGUAACAAACUUAAGUACGCUGAGGCUACACUUGGCCAGCCAAAAGAACCAAUUGCUCCAAAUAUCCUACACCCACAUGCGGUGGAGUUGGAGGAAUCUCCUCUUCAACAAGUCGAGCUGCAUGCAGUCCCUAGGCAGGUGCCCAGCAAUGGAGCAAAGGAUCACGGGAGGUCUAACGCAGCAGCAGCCCCAUGGCCAUUGCACCCUACGCUCGAACACGCUAGUAGAAUCUCAACUUCAUCCCCCUGUAUAUCUGCCAGGCCUGCCGCAAAAUACCCACAUGCUCAGCCUGACUCGGCACUCACACGUAGCAAUGGUAGCAUUGCCGGUCACAGACCACAGGAGGUGGAGAGUGGAGCCGCUUCACUGGUUAACUCUCAGCCUCGUCACAGCAGCCUGCCCCUGGAGGAAGGCUACCACAGUCCUCCCGCUGCUGCUCCUGGGUACGUGGACCUCCAUCACAUCCACCACCAGGCAGUUACUGGGUUAUCUUCCAGCCGGGUCAGUCUUGUCCCUUCCUCGACAGGCUCCCCUGAGUGGCCACAGGGCUCGUCUGUCGGGGAAUGGACGAGCGAUGAGGAGCUGGACUCCAGAGGUCCCUCUGGUGAGCAAGGGUUUAAAGUUCACAGCAUGCUCCAUCGCGCCGAGCAGGCCAGAAGGCUUUCUCUCAUGCAUCGCACGGAGAGGAAUGGCAUGGCGUGGCAUCACUCAACGGGCGAUCUCGACACCCAGAAUAUCUCUGCCAUGUCGUCAUGGAAUCACUCUGCCAGUCAUCUAGACAACCAGGAGUCCUCUUCAUCAAGGCAUCACUCCAUGGGGAAUCUCCAUGACGACCAGGUGGAGCCGGAGGCAGGCCAACCCGGGAUUACGCCGGAGCCAGUGCUGCGACCCUCUGUCCGGCGCCUCAAGAGCAAACUCCGCAGCCGCAUGUGCCGCAGCCUGGGGGCCGAUCUGGACCAGCCGUUCACGGAGGACAGCACCUCGGCCCGCCACAACAGGCUCCAUCUCCUCUCCACCUCCCUUAACUUCCGCUACCCCUUCUCUACCGGCUCCUCCACCCCCCCGCGGACCAACAGCCACAGGGACCUGGCCGCGUCCCCCGCCCCCAGCGGCAAGAGCUUCUCCUCCAGCGGCAACGUUCACGACGGCAGCUACUUCCACAGGCAGGCCCUGGUCCCCCUGGAGUCCAACGAGCACGACUGGCUUGUGAGGGGAGCCGCGGGCACCUGGACCGAGAUCUACUCCCUCUUCAGAGAGGAGCCCAGCCUGCUCACCAAGAGGGACUUCGUCACGGGAUACACCGUGCUGCACUGGGUAGCCAAGCACGGAGACCACAGGGUCCUCAACACACUCUGGUACGGCGUCGAUAAGAUGGGGAUGGCUUUUGACAUCAACUCCAAGACCACGUGCGGCUACACGCCGUUGCACUUGGCUGCUCUCCACGGCCACAAGAUGAUGAUCCGCCUGCUGGUGCACAAGUUCAAGGCCAACGUCUCCCUGAGAGACACCAGCGGGAAGAAGCCCUGGCAAUAUCUCGGAGGCAAUGCCCAGGGAGAUCUGCUGCAGCUUCUGGGGGCGCCGCUAAGGGCUGGAGGCGCCACCGGGGCAAAGUUCACCACGCCGACCACUCCACUUUCCUCUGUUGAGCGCCUAGCGACCCCCUCCGGAGCUGUGAAACGAUCCGCGUCCAUCGCUGCUUUCCUGAAGCCCAAGUCUCUGUCGAGAAGCACAGGCCUCCACUUGGAGUCCUUUAUGUGAGAGUGAGUGACUGGACCCACCACCAAGCCUAGGCCUCUGCUGGGAAUCUGGGUGGUCUUACACCUGACUGGUUUUACGACUCAGAAACGGUUUGACUUCUGUGGUUCAAAUAUUUCUCCCUCCAUUGAUUAGUAGGUGCUGACCGCUCAUGAACUGGAGUCCUACAUGAACUUUCCGUAUUUCAAGGUUCAAAUGUAGAAUUAAGGAGCGGAAACUGGAAAGCUGCCAUGUUUUAAUGGGAAAAGGUAUUUUAAAAAGUAUGUCACGUUUGCGGCUUCGUCUUACUGACUUAAUAUCAUCAUUGUUUACAAAUUAGAAUUUGGCGGAUUAUCACAGGAAAUUUUAUAUGCACCCAUGUUUUAUUUUUCUCUGUCCUCAGGCACUCUUUCUGUAUCAGGCACCAAUGUGAUUAUGUCAUGGUAAACGGCUAACACAGUUAAUGUUUAACCUAUCCUUGAUUUGACCUCACACAGUGCAAGGCUAUGGAGUGUACGAAACGCCUUCAAAGGCUGGUGGGGAUACUGUCAGACAUUGACUGACAAUGGAGUGUGGGAGAGAGGGAAGUUUUAGCCGGGAUAAAGCCUCUUUCCCCGCCUCUCCCUCUCGGUAUGCUGGCUGUCAGCCAUGAAUGUGGUGUUCCGGUGGAGGGUCAAAAUGAAAGGCCUGUUGUUGGAGCUCCUGGGCUGGUCCAUGUGGGACUUGAUGAGGCAUGUCGGGGGAAACGUGUCCUUUGUGUUGCUUUUUACGGCUCUUCAAUAGAGCUUCCAGUUGCCUGGCUGGAGAAGGACACCUUAUUGGGGGAGAUGAGUUGAUAAUGGCACACUCACUCUCAUCUUCAAAAUACGGAACAGCUUGAAAGUAUGGUCCCUCAUAUCUUAUCUCUUAUCUGGGUGUAUUACUCUUCUUGAGGACAUGUUGGUACUUGUCACUGGGUGUGUUUGGUUGAAUUAAUACAGUAUUUAUUUUGUUGUAAAACCUGUCAGGACUUUGCGUCAGUUAGGUAACAUGCCAUCAUGUCACCCUGUCUUACUGUAUGAAUAAAGGCACCUAAUUGUA